AUGGUUAAUCGCUGUGACCAGCUAGCAUUGGAAUCGCAUUUGCUUCACCCUUCCCGACUCUGGGACAUCUGCUUUAGUGUGUGCCGAGGGGCCGCUAGACGCCGCUGUCCCGGCCGGGCGGCCCCGCCCCCCGUCUCCCAUCAACCCCCGCGCCGCCCGCUCGCACUUCCUCUCCCCGCGCGGGGUGGGAGGCAGCAGCAGCUGCUCCAGCUCUUCUCUCUCUUUCUCUCUCUUCCCCUGCCCCCGCCCCCGCAGUCGUCCCACAAGACCUUCAAGAUCAAGCGGUACCUGGCCAAGAAGCAGAAGCAGAACCGGCCCAUCCCGCAGUGGAUCCGCAUGAAGACGGGUAACAAGAUCAGGUACAACUCCAAAAGGAGACACUGGAGAAGGACCAAGCUGGGCUUGUGAAAAGAAGAGACACUCUAAUGAGAACUCUAAUGGCACAGUACCCUGUUAAUGACCACAACUUGCUAGAAAAAAAACACCGCUGACCUACUCUGAAGGCCAUGAACCUUGUCAACUUUUUAAAAAACAAAAUAGUCCCAAAACAGGCUGGUCAGAGGCAUUUUGGAACCGUUACAGCAGAAAAGUGAUGUCCUGGUGUUCUAUUAGUGUUCUUUUGUGCAACGCUCAUAUAUGUAUUGACUGAAUUUGUAUUGCCUCUUUACAGGUUUGUUAAUAAAUAUGAGCUUUAAUGGU